AUGUCUGCCCCCUGCAAGUUCACGCUGCAGUGUCCAGAGCUCAUAGCUGAUACUUUAACACUGAGCCUUAUCCACGGUCCUUUUCUGACUUUUCAUUCUGCUACGGGAUCUUACACAGCUAACCAAGGUGGCCUUGAAUGUAUACAAUCCUGUCUCAGCCUCUCGAGUAGAUCGGAUUAUAGACCUGAAGUACUAGGCCUGGGUGUAUGUUAUAACUACUUUUUCAAUUGUAAGGGCUUUGUAUAUAGGAAAGAAAAGAAGAAGAAGAAGAAGAAGAAGAAGAAGAAGAAGAAGAAGAAGAAGAAGAAGAAGAAGAAGAAGAAGAAGAAGAAGAAGAAGAAGAAGAAGAAGAAGAAGAAGAAGAAGAAGAGAAGAAGAAGAAGAGGAAGAGGAGGAGGAGGCAGAGAAGGAGGAAGAGGAGGAGGAGGAAGGAGGAGGAGGAAGAAGAGGAAGAAGAGGAAGAAGAGGAAGAAGGGGAAGAAGAAGAAGAAGAGGAAGAAGAAGAAGAAGAAGAAGAAGAAGAAGAAGAAGAAGAAGAAGAAGAAGAAGAAGAAGAAGAAGAAGAAGAAGAAGAAACCCUGUCUUAAAGAAGUUAAAGGAACCAGUGUUGUCCUGACUUCUCCGAUCACUGUUGUUAGAAUGGAGAGCCUAGGACUACACCAGAGCCUGUCAGCAGCCGAGCCCUGCCCGGCCUUCCUCUCCAAUGCCAGCACCCAGACCUUCCCUAUCUCAUGCCCCUCUUACCAGUUCUAAUCAUGAACCCACCACCACCACCACCCAUCUCCUGCUUCCUUUCCUUCUCCAGCUAGUCUCUCUGGGCUGCCAAUCCCACCCCAGAAUUACUUUAUACCUGUAAGGAAAUUAGCAUUUAUGUUGGGACAGAAAGUGACACUGUUCAGUUCUCACUGUCAUUCUGUUCUUAAUUAAUAUUUAACCUCAGAGAGACUGUGUAGCAGACGGAAGUGGCUGACGGGAGAACAAAGCCCCGGCUGGCUCUCCUUGUCAACACUGCCUCCCCCACUUCCAACUCCUCUUCCUGCGUGGAAGGGUUCCAAAGGACCCAGAGGCCCAAGGGAGGAGUGCCAGGAGCACCCCUGAGGACCCUCAACUGUAGUUUUGAUGGAUGACUCCCCUAGAUCUCGCACAAUGCCGAUCCUUCUACCACUAAGUGAGAACAGCUGGUACCCAGAACCUGAUUCUCAAUGCCCAGAGCUAGACCUGGGCCUGGCACGCCAGUAAGGAUGAAGAGAUAGGCGGGGGUAAAGAAAAGCAAUGCAAAUGUGCCCCUCAACAGAUUAUAUUUAAUGCGCUAUUUUUAGUUGCCUUCAAUCCCUCGGGGCUGUCAGGGCGGUUGCAGCCCCACUCCCCCGGGAAAGGAAAUGACAGGCAUUAUUACCCGGCCCAGGAACGCUGGUGCAGUGCGUGGUGGGUGGGGGAGGUGCUGCCUUGCCAGCUCCGAAUUUUGGGAACUUAACUUCCAACGGGAAAUCGAGGACACAGAGAGAGGCAGCCAUGGGACCACCUCCUCUGUUUGCAGCCAGCCAGCCAGAUCAGACCUGCGUACUGGUCCACUGGGCUCAGACCAGGAGUGUGGGAGUCUCUUCAGUCCUCAAGUUGUCUCAAAAAGCAUUGACAGUCUCCACGGGGAAGAAAAGAAAGCACAAUGAGGAAGCAGUCUUACGACGGAACUGUCGGGAGACACUGAGAAGCAAAGAUAUGGACACAGCUCCACCUUGCGGUGAAUCAACGCAUAUGCUAAGAUAAAUUGGAUUUCUAUACCUUCUCCCCACAAGGAUUUUGAUGGACACAACAUGAAUGAAUUCAGCAUAAAACAGAUGGAAUAUAAUAAAUGCUCAUAGUAAA